GACUCCCUUUUGAUAGUGGAAUGGUCCUUCAAUUGCAACAUGGCGGGGCAGCAACAUGUGUCGUGUGGUCGUGACUUGCAUUGUGUGCCGGAUAUUUCGUCUUCCACUCAACUGGCCUCAGUUGCAGGGUUUGACUUUGCAGCUAUGCCCCUAGUACAUCCACGGUUCAAACGGGAGUUCUUGGAAGGCAAAGCUAAGGACAGACAGGGGGCGUUUGCCAGGUCAGAUCUGUUUCUCUCAAGCCAAGACUGGAGCUCCCUAGUGGUGGGCAAGCUGUCGCCGUGGUUACAGCUGGACUCGGAGGAUGAGACGACACGCAAGAACUCGCAGGCCGCCCUGAAGCAGGAGUUGGCCUAUGCGGCCCAUCUGAGUGUGCCCGCUGUCUUGGUGCCGCUGACCAGUAACAGAUGUGCCAACCUCGGCCGUUGCUUGCUCAGCCACAUGCAGGGUCACAGUAACCACCAGGUGUGGAUUCAGGUGCCAAUGUGCGCCCCCUCUCGCCUGACCGAUGAUCUCAUUGAGAACGACACCAAGCAACGAUCCGGUGGCAGCAACAGCUCAUUAGAUGACAGCGACAUCAUACCGGCUGGCCAGGAUCCCUGGCAGUGGUGGAACACGUUACGCAGGGUGUGCCAUCAUCACAAAAGACUGGGUGUCGCAUUGGAGAUCUCCACCGAUCUACCUCCCCAGUCCGUCAUCAACCGGUGGAUGGGUGAACCGCUCAAGUGUGCUAUAUUCUCAACGACGCUGUUCCUGACCAACAAGAAGGGCUACCCGGUGCUCUCCAAGGCCCACCAAAUGGUCGUCAACAAGUUGUUUAGACUUGAUGUGCAGAUGAUGAUCACCGGCAUCAACCGACACCCAGACAAGGGCAUCCGAGCCUACCAACAGUACAUGGACCAUCUCUACCAGAACCAGCAGCCACUGACUGGGGUGGAGGCGUUCGCUAAGGGAUAUGAGGACUAUCUGCAGUGCCCACUACAGCCAUUAGCCGACAAUCUGGAAUCCCAAACUUACGAAAUAUUUGAGAAGGAUCCCGUCAAGUACACCAGCUACCAGAAGGCUGUGUUCCAGGCACUGAAAGACAGGGUACCAGACAGUGAAAAGGACACCAAGACCUCUGUUGUCAUGGUGCUAGGUGCAGGCAGGGGUCCCCUCGUUACGGCUUCUCUCAAGGCAGCCGAGCAAGCUGACAGAAAGAUUGAGGUGUACGCUGUUGAGAAGAAUCCCAACGCAGCUGUGACCCUCUUCACUCUCAAGGAGGAGAAGUGGGGAGACAACGUGACCAUCGUCCAGAGUGACAUGAGGGACUGGAGUGCUCCCGAGAAGGCAGACAUCAUCGUCAGUGAGCUCCUCGGAGCGUUUGGUGACAACGAACUGUCCCCUGAGUGCCUAGACGGGGCACAACCAUUCCUGAAAGAUGAUUGUAUAAGUAUCCCCAGUGCGUACACAUCUCAUCUCAGCCCCAUCAUGUCUCAUAAACUCUACAAUGAAGUCCGCCUGUGCAAGGAUAAAGACAAGAACCAAGAUGCCCACUUUGAGACCCCCUACGUGGUCCACCUGCACAACGUGACCCGCCUGGCCCCUGCCGUACCCCUCUUCACCUUCACUCACCCCAACAAGAACAGCCUGGACAACACGCGCUACAUGUCGGUCAGUUUCACCAUGGAGGAGGAGGCAGAAGUACACGGCUUUGCCGGAUACUUUGACACAGUACUCUACAAAGAUAUCGUGCUAAGUACAAACCCCAAGACCUUCUCGGAAGGAAUGUUCAGCUGGUUUUCCAUAUUUUUCCCAUUGAAGGAACCUGUACAUGUGACAGCCAAGUCAGAUUUGGUGGUCCAUUUCUGGCGCAACUCCACUCCGCGUAACGUCUGGUACGAGUGGUGCGUAUCGGAGCCAGUGACAAUGCCUAUACACAACAUCAACGGACGAUCCUACACCAUCGGCAUGUAGCCCCACCCCAUCCUCGGGCAGAAAUUAUGAAGGCCAGUUUGUGCAAGCAUAUAAAACUUUGUGAAAUCAUCGGUAUGUGAUGUUAAAAAAUGUACUCAUUAUUAUUAUAA